AUGGCGACGAUAACAGUGCUCGCGAGGACUCAUCGUUCAACCACCUCCAGCUCACAAUGGUCACACUUCGUGAAAGACAAGAAAGUAGGAGAAGGAACCUAUGCCGUGGUCUAUCUUGGCUGGGCCAUUCCAGCGGAACCAGCAGCAGUCGAGAAAGAUUUGGAAGGCGAUGAUACAGGUGAAAGAGACCACUUGUUGCGGGACAAGAAAGUGGGCGUGCAAGCGGAAGGCAAACGGAGGAUAGCCAUGAAAAAGAUAAAGGCCGGUCUUUUCAAAGAUGGACUGGACAUGUCCGCCAUCCGGGAAGUCAAAGCAUUGCAGGAGCUGAAACAUCCCAACGUUGUCGAGCUGAUAGACGUGUAUUCUCACAAGACGAAUCUCAAUCUUGUUCUCGAGUACCUGGACGCCGACUUGGAAAAGAUCAUCAAGAACAAGGCUGUAACCCUCAGCGCUGGCGAUAUCAAAAGCUGGAUGCUGAUGACUCUCCGAGGUCUACAUCACUGUCACAACAACUUCAUUCUCCAUCGGGAUUUGAAGCCAAAUAAUUUACUGCUGGCCAGUGACGGGCAGCUCAAACUAGCCGAUUUUGGUAUGGCCCGUGAUUAUGGAAAUCCGCACCGGGCAAUGACUUCGAUGGUGGUGACAAGGUGGUACAGGUCCCCGGAGCUUCUCCUUGGAGCUAAGCAUUAUGGUUAUGCCAUCGACAUGUGGGCUCUCCAGGUCAUUUUCCGCGCCCUAGGGACGCCGACUGAGUCAGAGUGGCCGGGCAUGACUCAGCUUCCGGACUAUCAUGAAUUCAAAGCGAUGCCAAAGAAUCCCUUACAUGCGACGUUCACUGCCGCAUCACCUGAUGCUCUAACGUUUCUGGAGAACCUGUUGGUGUACGAUCCGCUCAAAAGACCCACCGCGGAGCAGGCGUUGAAGCACUUUUACUUUCGCAACCAACCUCGGCCAACGCCACCAAACAAACUACCCCGAGACGUCGGUGGGGCUGGCGCCCAACAUAAAGCUGUUGCGCCGGACGACGCUGAAGCCGCUGCGAGACCAGGCAUCAAGCGAAAAGCACCUGACUUUCCCGAUGACGAUUUCGAAAUGGGGGGCGUGCCUGGAGCCAAAGUGGCGCGGAAGCUCUUCUAG